AUGGCGAGAUUCGCAUUAGUUCUUGUAAUGAUACUUGUGAUUCUAGGGUCUGUGAGCUUUUCAGAAGCUCAGUUGAAGUUAGGGUUCUACGACAAAACUUGCCCUAACGCAGAAAAGAUUGUACAAAGUCUUGUUAACCAACAUAUUCAGAAUGUACCCUCUUUAGCUGCUGGCCUGAUUAGGAUGCAUUUCCAUGAUUGCUUCGUUCGGGGCUGUGAUGGUUCGAUCUUGAUCAACGCGACAUCAAGCAACCAACAAGUCGAGAAGGUUGCUCCUCCGAAUCUAACCGUUAGAGGUUUCGACUUUAUCGAUUUAGUGAAGUCUGUUCUGGAGAAGAAAUGUCCCGGAAUCGUCUCUUGUGCCGAUGUCAUCACCCUCGCUACUCGAGACUCGGUUGCUGCCAUUGGUGGACCGACAUGGAACGUUCCGACAGGACGUAGAGACGGACGAAUCUCUAAUGCCACCGAGGCAGCGAACAACAUUCCUCCUCCUUUCGGAAACUUCACGACUCUUAUAACCCUUUUUGGAAACCAAGGACUAGAUGUUACUGACCUCGUCUUGUUAUCCGGUGCGCACACUAUUGGAGUGUCUCAUUGUUCCUCCUUCUCCAACCGUCUCUUCAACUUCACCGGCGUCGGAGACCAAGAUCCAUCGCUGGACAGCGAAUAUGCAGCCAAUCUGAAGUCACGGAGGUGUUUAUCUAUCGCAGAUAAUACCACAAAGGUUGAGAUGGAUCCCGGUAGCCGAAACACCUUUGAUCUUAGCUACUUCCAGCUCGUCUUGAAACGUCGUGGACUUUUUGAGUCUGAUGCAGCGUUGACUAUGAAUUCUGCGGCGUUGGCUCAGGUCAGACGAUUCGCGGGAGGAUCGGUGCAACAGUUCUUUGCUGAGUUUGCGACGGCAAUGGAGAAAAUGGGAAGGAUUGGUGUCAAAACCGGGUCGGAUGGAGAGAUCCGAAGAACAUGUGCAGUGGUUAAUUGA